GCAAUCGAAGUCUCAAAGUUCAGCCCAAGGCAGUUAAUCUCCCCCCUUCUCCUUCCUUCUAUUAAUUUGCAAAGUCUCUUUCUGAAUCGGUGCCGUGCUGUGCCCAAGGCAAAGUGUCUUUCUGGGUCUAGGAGAAUCUGCUGUUUCGGUCCCAAAAAUUACUUACGACAGCAUGAAUCUGGCGGUGCUGCUUAUGAUGAUGCUCAAAAGAAGAUGAACCCAGAGGAAAUCCCAUGGGCCAACACCAGAGCUGAGUACAUCGUGGAAUCAACUGGAGUGUUCACUGACAAAGGCAAAACUGCCACUCAUUUGAAGUAUGUAAGUGUUUUGCAACUAAAGGGAAUCUUAGGUGACACUGAAGAUGACGUAGUGUCCACUGACUUUGUAGGUGACAACAGGUCCAACAUUUUUGAUGCUAAGGCUAGAAUUGCUUUGAAUAAGAACUUCGUGAAGCUUGUUGCAUGGUACGAUAACGAAUGGGGUUAUAGCUCACGUGUGAUUGACUUGGUUGUCCAUAUGUCAUCCGUUAAGUAA